AUGGAGCCUCAAAGAGAUGAAGACAGUGACUUUAAUAUUAUUGUUAUGGACCGUCUGGUUGAUAUGGUUCUGUUUUGUUUAUCGAAGAUAGUGAUAACCGCCCUUGUAUCGAGUUUUGGAGGAAAUGGUCAGCUAUGCGUCGAUCAAAUACCGAAAAGAACAAAUGACGGUACCAUAACCAGUACCAAAGACCACCGAGAUUCUAUAAGCCAAAGCACACAACCCCAGUGUAUAUCACAAAACAGGGUAACUUCGAUUUCUCACGAGCGGACUACUCAAAGUACAAAUGUUGUUCCCAAAGACAUAACCCAAAGAACCGUAGCGCCAUCGCGAUAUUUUUUGACAGAUCAAAUUCGGAAUAUUAUUUCACAUAACAAGAACGGUUCUCGUAUAAUGAUUAUUAUGAGGGGUCUUCCUGGUAGUGGGAAAAGCCAUCUAGCAAGACUAAUAGUAGAAACUCUAAUUGGACCUUCCUUGUCUAGUUACAACAGCCAUGUCUUUAGUAGUGAUCAUUAUUUUAUGGUCAGAGGCAAAUAUCAAUAUGACAAGUCACACAUAUCAAAUGCCCACUCAUGGAAUCUAAAUAGAGUUAAAGAAUCAGCAAUUCAAGGGCUAAGCCCCAUUAUUAUAGAUAAUACAAAUAUCGACAUAUGGGAAAUGCGACCUUAUGUAGAAGAAGCACUUAAGAAUGGCUAUAUCAUUGAAGUUGUAGAACCAAUGACACCCUGGGCAAAAAUACCCAGACAGCUAUUCAACAUGAACAUACACAGAGUACCUUUACAAAAAAUUGAAAGGAUGUUCAAAAAUUAUGCUGAAAAUAUAACUAGCGAGAUUUUGCUACACGCAUUGGGAAUAAACUAUUCUAAAAACAUGGUGCCUCCUGUACUACGAUCAAUACCAGUAAUUCCACCAAUACCGGCAGAAAAUAAAAGUUACUUAAUAUCGUAUUCAGAGGCUACAUCUUUCUUAGAAAAUGUGCAAAAUGAGGCUCGUGAUCAUUUACUUCAGUCCUCAAAACAGUCGUAUCAAAACUCACAUGAGCAACAAAAGGAUGUUGAGGAUUCUGGACAAGACCGAAUAUACGAGAUUUCAGCUUUAAAUAUCUUCCAUGAAGAAAUAUGUGGAGAAAACAUUAGUGUUGAUAUGUCUACUGUCCAGCAAUACCGUGACGACACUGAGAAACAUUUGGUUCUAAAGAAUAGGCAUAUGCAAAAAGCCGCAGUUCAUAAACAGCGGGGUAUGACCAAAGAGGCUGAUUUAUGUUUAGAAAAGGCGAAUUUUUUUGAAAAGCGGUACGAGCUAGCCAGAAACGAAGCCGUAGCUUCACUUAUUCAAUAUCACGCGGCUGCCAAUAUCAAUAGUGUAACAGUUAAUCUACAUUUCUACCGGGUGAAGGAAGCCAUUGAAGUAAUCGAUGUGUUUUUAGACGGCCAUAUCCGGCGACUUCGUGACCUUAACAUACGCAACGUUAUGUUGUUCUUCAUUACCGGCCGGGGGUUACAUAGCCCCGGUCCUCCGAAAGUGAAGCUAGCCUGCAUGGAACGCCUACGAGAGCGUGGAUUAUAG